AUCCCCUGAAAGGGAACCCGAAAACAGGACGAGAGUGGAUAGGGUGACUAAGGAGGCCGUAAAAAUUACUAGUGCAUUUUUGAAAGAUAAGAUUACAAAAAGGCGAGAGCAGCAUAAUUGUUAGUUAGGGGUAAGAGGGGACAGGCCCGUAUAGAAAGUCAAUCCUUCUUUUUCCGAUAUGCCGCUCCGCAAGCAAGGAGUGCCACGCACGAGCGGAGCGAAAACUAAGCAAGGGGAAUUCCGUCAUUCCAUGGAAAGCAUGCGAAAUCCUUUGAUUGUUUAUAGAAUCAAAAUAACUAUAUAGUCUUUCUUGUUCCACUUGCAAGGCAAGGAAAAUAAAAUGUCAGUUUCGUUAUUACAACCUUAUUUUUUUAUGUCAAAGACAAAAAGCUACGCACAAAUUCUCAUUGGAUCUCGGUUGUUCUUAACAGCGAUGGCUAUUCAUUUAAGUCUUCGGGUAUCACCACCAGAUCUUCAACAAGGUGGAAAUUCUCGUAUUUCGUAUGUACAUGUUCCUGCGGCUCGGAUGAGUAUAGUUAUUUAUAUCGCGACAACUAUAAACAGUUCCUUGUUCCCAUUAACAAAACAUCCCCUUUUUCUUCGCUCUUCCGGAACCGGUACAGAAAUUGGUGCUUUUUCUACUUUGUUUACGUUAGUGACUGGGGGGUUUCGGGGAAGGCCUAUGUGGGGUACCUUUGGGGUGUGGGAUGCUCGUUUAAAUUCUAUAUUCAUCUUGUUCCUUAUUUACUUGGGUGCACCGUGUUUUCAAAAGCUUCCUGUCGAACCGGCUCCUAUUUCAAUCUGUGCUGGACCGAUCGAUAUACCAAUAAUAAAGUCUCCAGUCAACUGGUGGAAUACAUCGCAUCAACCUGGGAGCAUUAGCCAAUCUGGUACAUCAAUACAUGUUCCUAUGCCCAUUCCAAUCUUGUCUAACUUUUCUAACUUUGCCUUCUCUACCCAUAUCUUGUUCGUUCUGGAAACACGUCUUCCUAUUCCAUCUUUUCCCGAAUCUCCCUUAACGGAAGAAAUAGAAGCUCGAGAAGGAAUACCACUAAAAACCUAGUUCGCUCUCAAAUAAAAACCUAG